GAUAUUCGGGGAGUAUCUCGGACGUGUCGCGCUCGUGGUCCUUGCGCUUCUCCAGUGCAUGCCAUUCCUCGGGGGAGGUGACACUCGUCAUCGAGAGCGGCAUCGACCUGGACGGCACGAUAGAUGGGGCUGUGGAUAUCGCUGCCGAAUCGGACGAGCCAAGACGUGGUGGGAGAGCGACGACCGGCUUGUGUCCGGAGAGCUGGCAGGGCUCGGCGUCGCGCUGCUGCCGUUGAGAGGGCCGACGGAGCUGGCGAGGUGGACGAAGCCGGCCUCAUCGACGCCCGGACGGUCGUGCUGGCGAUCACGUCCGCGAGCACGCAGUACCUCGCGCAGCUGGCAACGCUCUCGGAGGAGCACCACUUGGCGGUCGUCCUGCUGUACCACGGGGGGCUCCACCACGUGCGCACGGAGAUGCGGCACGGCGACUACGGCAGGUGGGCGACUGCCAACGUCGACCUGCUCAUGCGGCUGAUCGAGGGGCACGAGCGCGAGCGCGAAGGGGAACAGUGGCGAUGCGAGCUGAGGAGUGACGCGAGGCAAGGAGGACGCGAUGUGGGAUGUACGGAGCUGCGCAGCGGGUUGGGCAGUGGAUUGAAGGUCUUGUCGGCGUGCAAAAAGGUCGAACCGCGGAUGACUACCGUGUGCAGUACGCUGGCCGCCGACAGCAUGGCGGGUGUUGACCCGGAGGUGUGGGAGAGGCGGUCGAGGCGGCGCAGAGGGAGCCUAGCCGCGUUUUGGGCGCUCGUGCUCAGCCGGCUCGUCCUGCACUCGCGGCGGCUACGGAAUCGGUACGUGGAGGGGCGACACGGGAGGCGGGCGGCAGGACGACGAGGGCGGCAGGACGACGAGGGCGGCAGGACGACGAGGGCGGCAGGACGACGAGGGCGGCAGGACGACGAGGGCGGCAGGAUGAGCGGGAUAGAUGACCCCGCGUCUGCGCAUCUCACGAGGCGAGGAUAUGGAGAUAUGAACUAAAAAUUAAACGAAAUGAGUGCUAUAUAUUUAACGAGGAUGAAAAGGAGCAUCGGGGAUAGACUGAACUGGGGCCGCCCGCUCACGACGUGCGAAGAGACUGGCCUGCAGACCGCGGAUGCGUCACCC